AUGGCUAUCGGAUUGCUCAGCAUCCCGAGGGAGAUUCGCGACCUGAUACUCGACGAGGUCGUUUUCUUGCCCGAUCGUCCACCACCUCUCAAUCCCUCAGUCAGCCAGGACCGCAAGAGGCGCGAGUACAAGGGCAAAGGUUUUUUCGAUGGGCACGACAUUUGGGUCGAGAAACAGAUCCGCGCUCCGCCUUCAGGCUCCCCCAACAACGCAAUCCUCCUCGUCAAUCACCAACUGCACUACGAGGCGAAGAAGCUGCUUGCGUCAAAAGGAACUCAUUGCCGACUCGAUGUCAUGUAUGUCAAAGAGUGUGGCUUGUGGCCGACUUGGCUCGCUGUGCCAAGAUCGACCCGCCAUGCAGACAGUGUCCACGUCCAAUUCCGCAUUUUCGAUCCCCCCCCCGACGUCAAUCCCGACUGGAAAAACGAGGAACAGUUCCGUGGCGGCGAUGGCGGUCCGCCCUUCAUCGUCUGGAACUUUUACGCCAUGCUCUCCGGGUACCUGCGAUACGGCCCGACCGCAUUCAGCAGUGUCGUCGCCGACCCGUCAAACUUCACUAUCAAGAAGUUGGUGCUGGACGUUCUCCCGCCGCCGCCUGAAGAGAAGCACGACCGUCUCGUGUCCGGCGGUGCGCGGCGGCCGCCGGCACAUGACAUGUUUGAAAGAUUUACCACCAUGGUUAUGGACGCAGAGAAGCGCGAGCGCAGAGGGAUCACUUGGCCCUGUCCGCCAGAAGGCAAGGAGAGCCUUAUACCAGCCGAGAAGCUUGCUUUCUUCAUGUGCUGCCAGAUUGGCGGUCUCCUAUCCAUGUACAGGGACUGGGCCGACUUCGGCGCCGUCCUCUAUGAAGGUAUUGGGAGCAUCGAGAUCCGCGUCAACGGCGAGCCACGACGCUACUUCGACCUGGACGACAUGCUCGACAGGUUACCCAUACAGCCGAUCGCGGCCUGGAACGAAAAAGAACAGCAAAAGAGACAGAAACGCUUCGACGACUGGAAAGCCCAGGCGACGGCAACAAGACGAGGCUGGAAAAAAUGA